CUUCUCUAGCGUUGGACGCGCCUUAACUGCCAACGUCCACCAUGCCGACAUUGACGACGGUCUGGGACGACCAAGUGCCCCUCAUUCAGUAUGAUGCUACCUGGGCGCCGGGAUCAUCGUGGUCAGAUAGCUUGGCUAGCAGCUAUUACCUCGGCACGUUCACUACAUGCAACGUCACCAAUGGUGUAGCCAACUUCACCUUUAACGGCACUGCAUUCUCGAUAUACGGCGCAAAGCGAGGGAACCAUGGAACGUACUCAGUUAACCUCGACGGCUCGACGGUCGGUACAGAAAACGGACAGUCGAACGCCAAUGAAUUUCAGCAGGUGCUAUGGAGUAGCACCGGCCUGGCUCAGUCACAACACAGUGUAUCAUUGACGAACACGGCGUCGGGAUCACUGUACGUCGACAUUGACUAUGUCGUGGUGCAGUCGCAGGUCGGGAGUGAUGAUCAACAACUUGUGUCCACGAUCAUAGACGACACGGAUCCUCGCUUCAGCUAUCCAAACGAAGGGAGUCAGUGGAGUACGGGUAUCAGCAAUGUGGGGCUGUAUUACAAUGGUACUGGACACACGACUACGGCAUCCCAAGCUCAGGCCACGCUCUCCUUCACGGGGGACGUGAUAUCCUUGUACGGGACCGUCGGCCCUUCCAAUGGCUUCUUCUCCGUGCAACUCGACGGCCAAACUGCACAGCAGUACAACGCUACGAGGCAGUUGGACCAUACACAGGUCAUGCUCUACCAUGCUGAUAAUCUGGGAUCAGGCGAUCACCAGCUCGUCCUUACGAAUCUUCCGGUCAGCAAUGCUGCGGCUUCAUUGAACAUUGACUACGCGGAAGUCAUGUCCUUGUCCAAUGCUUCAACGAGUGCAUGCACUGAUCCUCAGGUCAACGCAUCUACGUCAAAAGGAAUCGAUAGCGGAGGAAUAGCAGGCCUUGUCGUUCUCGGAGUAACCACUCUCCUUCUCGGUCUCUCGACGCUGUACUUCUGGCGGCGAUGGCGGAACUCGGAGGCCGAACAGGUCGAAAUGUACAGAUCGUUCGCCGUACAUCCAAAGACAGAGACGGAUGGAUCAGUAGCCUCUCCGCGCGCUUUCUCUGCGACGGGCACUACUGAAUUUUCCAGCGAACCGGGCGCUCGCCCCUCCCCCGCACAAGAGAGCUCGGAGCUACAGCAGCCGAAUGCUCGCGAGUCUUUGUACGGGCUCUCAGGUAUUCGCCCCCUUCCCAGUAUACCGGGUGGAGCACUGAGCGAUUCAAGGUGGACCGGCGACGAGAAACGCGGGACGCCGUGAGAGCAUGCGGCGCUCUCUUGCUCCCACCGUCGCGACGAUGCCCCCUGACUAUGCUCAGGCCACAUCUCCGUAGUAGCGGGUUGAAAGCGCAGUAUUGACGCUGAGUGGUAUGAGUCGGAGUCUGGAUCCGUCGUAUGGGGACUAUCUGUACUCGGUGUCACCACCAUCAUGAUCCUUCCAUUUUUUCGUCACUUUAUUUAUGGAAACGUUGAAAGUUUUGCCCGAUUUUAAUACCAGGCAAAGUUUAGGCGCCCAUCGAAUAACAUCUCGUCAUUCAAAGGC